AUGGAAGCGCAAGAAAUCUUGGCGAACAUCGCCUUCACUACAUCAGGUGCCCUGGUGGAUCUAGUAGACACCAAUCUUGUACUGCAAGAUACUCUGGAGCGCAUUUUUCUGGGGAACAGAUAUGGGGACGUUCCUAAGGGUUUGUAUAUUGUGCGCGGCGAGAAUGUCGUGCUCAUGGGUGAGAUCGAUCUUGAUAAGGAGGACGAGACCCCACAAACUGUGGCCUCAUCGAUACCCAGCUCUGCUAUUCCUCAGCUGCUUGAGGCGCUGGCUGCUGAGAAUGAAUACAAGGACAAGUGGGAACAGCGUCGCACUGCGGUUCUCCGACGAGAGCGCGGCUUCUCGGGCGAGGGUGUGGAAGGUGAUAGCUAUUAG